AUGUCGGACGACGCAGAUAAGAUCAAGCUUGAACUACCUUCGAAACUACAGGCAUUCAGUUUUACCUUUGAAACCAAGCGGCCAGGGUCUAUGACAGUCGAAAUCACGCUUAGACGGCCCACCAAGCGGCCCAGAUUACUACAAUUUCCUGAACAUGUCGACCUCAGCGCGACCGAACCCGAAACUCCUGACCGACUUCAAGUCAUGCGCUGGCAAGAGGCCCAGAAAUAUAAAUUGCCUCCAGGUCCGAGAGAGGGUGCGCGAGACCCUGAAGACUCGCUGCCUGAGAACGGAGGGGACGCAUUAUAUGGGACGGCGUUCGAUGUUCCUGCGCCGGCGGCUUUGCGGCUUCACCAGCCUGAGGCGGUCGACUGA